CUAAAAAUCUGCCCGACUGCUUCUACUAUUUCACGAGUCCUCCGAGUCCUCUUGUUCCAAGUAAGCUUCUUUCUCUCUUUUUUCUUGAGUCAUGUCUGACCAUGAGGACAGCCAGAACCCUUCCGUUCACUCUUACGGUUCUGGUAACCGGUCUCAGACCUCUAGUUCCUCCUCUUCUUCAUCUUCUGAGCGCCCGGCUGCCUCUCCACAGAAGCAGCCGGUUGAUGCCCCCACUAGUGCCCCUUCUUCUUCUGCGGCACAAGUGGUCUCGGUUGCCCAACCUGGGGAUGAGGGCUUCAUUCAGCUGGACGACCGGUUGCUCCAAGAACAACCGUCGUACAUGCAGAAAGUCCAAGUUCACGAGCUGCGCAACCUUAUGCCUGAUGGGUACCAAUUGACUUACCGGGCUUCGUGGAAGAAUAUUAUUUCUCUCCAUACCGGUACGUCGAUUGGUAUUCAUUACCAUUCCAUCAAGGACCUGGGUGAAUUCUCCAUUCACCCAUUCAAAGUCCUCUUCCUUGAGACAUACGGGACCAUGCCCGGGCAGAUGCCCCCAAAUGGUCACCAUAUGCUCAAUUGCUUCAUCAACGUCUGCCGGUUUCUUCGCAUCCCUCUCUCCCUCCGUCUCUUCGAUCACAUGUUCGAUGUCCGGCCCGGGUCCAAGGAAACCCUUGGAUUCGUGAGAAUGAAGCGUCAGGUCAAACCCGCGGAGACCGACGACCUGGUCGCUUGGGAAGCCACUCUCCGGGCCGGGGACGCCUCCACCCGUGGCCUUUACAAUGUGGGGAAGUGGAGCGUCUAUCCCGGCCGGGAGACUGAUCCCGAGCCGGAGAUUGUCUUGGCCGAGGCGAUCCCUAAUGCCAUCCCAAUCCGCCGGGUGAGAGGGUCCAAAGCCCCGGUCACCUCCGCUGCCGAUCCCUCGCGCUCGGGGAAGAAGGAGAAAGAGGCCGGUCUGGGUGGCCAGCCAAACGAGGAAAGGCACGGUGAAGAAGAGGCCGCUAAGGAGUCCCUCCAGCAGAAGAGGCGGAGGGCUGAGGUAGUGAACCAACCAGCCCAGCAUGCAGCUCAGUCCUCCGACGCUGGCAAAGGGCAAAGCCAGCCCCGGUCUCUGGCUCUGAUGUCCCGGUCGGACGAGGAGCUUUUUCAAGCUUUCCGCGCCGACCUAAAUGAGGUCGGCCGGAUCGGCCACGAGUGGUUCACCCGGCUGGUGAAGUCCCGGGAUGAGGAGAAGGCCCGAAUGGAGGCCAUGAUGGUCGAGUGCCGGAAGGAAGCUAAGGCCGCUUUUGAGAAGGCGGCGAAGGCGGAGGAGAAGCUGUUGGAGCACUGUGCGGUCUACUGCCAGCUCUAUGCGAAGCAUGAUGGUCUCCUCAAAGCCGCGAAAGAGGCCGACGAGCAAGCUCAGGAGAAAAUCCAGCAGCUGGAGGCCGAGAACGCCCGAUCGGCGGAAGAGAUUGCCCGGCUUGGGGAUGAACGGGAGAAAGAGCGGGCCGAACGGGCUUCUCUUGCAGCAGCCUGGGCGAUUCAGGAACCAGAGGAGUUUGCUAGCCGGGACAUCGCUGAUCGGGAUGCUGCCAUCCGGCUGGUCCAAGGGCUCUACAAGCAUGAGCCAUCAGCCAAGGUCGUUGAUGAAAUCGCGACCUUUGGCUUUGAAAGUGGCCAAUACGACGAGCGACGGGCGCUGUAUGGCAUCCUUGAGCAGCGAAUCGAAGGCUUCAAGCCCAAGGCCCUUUCUCUACCCGAGCUACAUGACGAGGCGCCUGUCCCUCCAUUCUCGGGAAUCUGAUCUCUUCAAGCCGGCCUGCUCCCUACUUUUUUUUUAUUUUCCAUAUGUAAUGAUUUGCCUCUGGGCACUUUUUUGUAAAACUUCAAUAUUAAUGAAAGUCCCUUCUUCCAUAUCGUGUGCUGAGUGCCUGAGUACUUUACUCUUUAUUUUUUACUUUAUGUUUGUUAUAAAUUCCUUUCAACUUU